UCUGGGAAUAUGUAUUGGUUUUGGGCAAAGUAAUGGCCGUCAUAAUAACAUGUGAUUGGACACUACUUGUUGAUUUCUUUUGAUUUUAUUUUGAAUACCCAUCCCACUCGCUACGUCAGUAAGAGGUUUUUAAGAAGUAAUGUGGUUUGGUUAGGUUUUAAAACGUUUUCGUUCAAAAUUCUCAACCCAAAACAACGAUUCCCUUUCAUCAGAAUAGUUUCAUGCACAGAUCUCUGAGUGCUUUUCUUUGGCUGAGUUUUUGACGAGAAAACCAGUUAAGAACGAAAUCUUUUGUACAGCCACUUUCAACUUUCCCCAUUUUUGUUUGAAAGGUUGCAGCCAACAUGUGCUGCAAUCUGAGGCAGUGCUGUACCUCCGAGUCUUGGCUACGACUAGGCGCCAUUAUUGUUGGUGUUUUAUCCGUGACUCAGGGAAUUAUGGGCUUUAUUCUUGCUUCGUUUGGUGCCACCCACAUCUUGCCUUACUACACAGGAAACAAGAAGUUCUUGUCCAUUUUCUUGAUAAUGGUUGUCAUCACACUCAACAUGAUUGUUUGCUCAGUUCUGCUUCUGAUUGUUGCCGUAAAGAACCGUAACCAGAAGCUUCUUCUGCCCUGGCUUAUUGUUGGAGCAUCAACAUUCACCAUAGGAAUUAUUAUAAUUUAUCUCCUGUUAAAUCUGGUAGCUUACAUUGGCCCUAGCAGCAUCGUCGCACUUUUAUUCUGGUUGGUGGUCUACAGCUACUAUCAACAGCUAGAGAAAAAUCAACAAGAAACGUUCACUCAAUUCAUUUUCUAGUUCGUAGCUAAAAUCAUCCAUAAUGUUCGCCAUACAGCCUUACCUGUUACCAAUAUAGAUAUUAUUUAUUCUGCAUUUAUUGUAAGUCACUGUGUGGCAACUGGCGAGAAUGACAGAAGAAUUAUACUCCAACACUCGUCUCUCUAAAUAUUGGACACUUCAAAUGGCGAGAAAUGUUUUGUACCGCUGUGAUUUUCGUCUACGUUUAUCUAACUACAACGGCAGAGGGAAAAACUAUUUUUUUGUAGCAAGCGAGAGGAAAGGGGGGGGGGGGGUUGUAGAAAACAAUCCUUUACAAACCUAACAGCGGAGCAAAAAUUUCCCUGCCACGUGGAAGGAUCCGAUGUUUAUGGAGACCAGUAGUACCUACUUGAAUUUACUUUUGCUUUUCAUUUCUUACCCACAUCUAAGUUAAAGUUCUCCAUGUACUUUUAUUUUCUUUCCCUAACUGUUUAUUGACUACGAAUUCUGCUCUUCUUUAUUGUCGUGCUAUUUGUCUCCGUGUAUCUUCGUUAAAGGAAAUUAUUUGCUGCAAGCAAUGUGUCAAAUUAAUCGAAAGCAAGUUGGUCCACCA